AUGACCGAUCACAACCAGUCUCGAGCAGAUAUUGCUGCACAAGCUGUCGCUGUGCGAGCAGAUUUGAAAACAUGGGAAAAGGAGUUUAUGACUACUCGUGGCAAAAAGCCAAGUCGAGAGGAUAUCAAGGAGAGGCCGGAUAUUGCCACGAAAUACAAGGAGUAUGGCCAGCUUAAGAACCUAGAGGCUGUUCUCACUCGGCGCGAAAAUCGUCAACACCAUGCGACGGAAUCCCCAUCCAAAAAGCGAAAACAUGGCUCUCCGACUGGCCCAUCCUACAAAGAUAACAGUGCCAUUACGCCUCGAAAAUCAGCAAAGGGCCUCUUUGCAACCCCAUCUAACAUUCGCACCAAGAAUCACCCCUCGCAACUCGAUCCCUACGACUCACCCUCCACUUUCCGACGAUUGUUCAGUCCUAGUAGCCAUGUACAUGGUCUAUCAGCACCCUCACCCCUUAAAGCCGCCAUUGGACCGACCCCACAACGCGAUGGAAAGGCUCUCGGACUAUUUGACAUGCUGUCCGAGUCUGGCGGCAGUAGCAAGGCCACUCCGUCAGUGAAAAGACAGAAGGACGUGCUAGGAGCAGGGUUCCAAACACCAUCCAAACCCAAGCACUUUGAACCUAUCGCCGAAGAACCCGAAGAAGAAAUAGAAUCACUACGACUAUCACGAACCCCCGCAUCUUCAACGAAGCAAUUCUACCUCGCCAAUCUCUUUGCAACGCCCACAACAAUGCGCUAUGCGGCCAUGGUGGAAGCAGAAGACAAUAAUACCAAAGAAAACGAAAUGCAUGCACCAGAAGCUUCAGUAUCCCGACACUCAAAUCCAUCCGAGACACCGUCUUUCCUCCGUCGCUCAAAUAGCAACCGCUUCCCAGCAUCAAGCACAGAUAACAAUGGACUGAGCCCCAUCGCAUCACGAAAACCACUUCAAUUCGCAGGACGAGGACUAUCACAUUUAGUACAAGGUCUCCGCGAUAUGGAAGAAGAGCGUCUAGAAGAUGAAUGGGAUAUCCUCCGAGAGAUCGAAGAAGAGCAGGAAGCAAUGAACUUUCAAGUUCCGGAAAGCCAACCAGCUGAGAACGAGCGCCCAUAUAAGAAGAAGGGCCAAAAGCGAACUACCAGACGGGCUAACAUGCGACCUGUUAUCUCCAAACCUAAGCCGAAGGUCCAGGAACCUGAACCGGUUCCAUCUGACGAGGAGUUCGAGGAUGAAGUGGCUGCGGUUCCGGAGACACAAGUUCAGGAAGUUCCUUCAGACAUUGAGAAUGCUUAUGGAGAUGCCGGUGAGGAUGUUGCCUCUCUACAUUCUAUCUUCGAAGCAGGAUCCGAUUUUGAAGGCGAUACAGAAGUUGAUGAUUCCGAUGAUGAUCCUGAAUAUGGCGAAAAGGCGAAGCCGGUGUCUCGACCUAAGAGUUUCUCUGAGCGAAUUAGAGAGGCUGUCUCAAUGUCUCAACCGACUGCUAUGGAACCUCCUGCGAAGCCUGCGCAAAACAAAGAACCCGAGAAAGAAGAGAAACAGCCCAGAGUUCGUAAGCUUAACCCUCAAGCUCAUGCGAAUUACCGAUCUUUGAAGAUUGGUAACAGAGGAUCUCGAGGUCGUGGUGGACGCUUUCGCAGGCGAUAG